CCCUUCCACACUAGUCAUUCGUUUCUCUCUCUCGUCUCAUUAUGUCAAUUUCAAACGACUACUGCGAAAAAGGAAAGUUCCAAUUUUUCAUUUUGAGGCAAACCCGAAUUUUGGAUGCUAACCGAUUAAUCGAAGAUUGGUUCCUCUGAAGAAUUGCAUGCAUUUGGAAUAGGUUUUUCGAGAUCAAGAUGCUGAUAAACCAGGACUCUGGAGGAUCACAAAGAAAGGAUAUAAUUAGUGAAUUACCUGAACCCCUUAUUCAUCACAUUCUCAGUUUUCUUCCAACCCAAUGCGUCGUUUCUACAAGUGUUUUAUCUAAAAGAUGGAGGUACAUUUGGACCUCAGUGCCUGUUAUUGAUCUUUGUGAUGUGGAAUUUCCAUCAAUUGCUAAAUUACUCGACGCAAAUGAGGAGCAUGAAAGAGUUGAAAAUUUAUAUUCAUUGUAGUUUCAGAGGCUUAUGAAUUUUGUUGACAAAAAGCUUUCUCUUCACCAUGAGACACGGGAUAUAAAGAAAUUUAUUCUUGACAAUCUUGAUGUGCAAAGGUUUCAGGUCGAAGAAUGGGUAUCUGAUUUGUUUACGAGGCAAAGUCUUGAAGAGUUUGUUUUCUAUGCAGAAAGUUCGCCUGAAGGUUUUUUUCCUUCAAGGGGAACAUAUGCAUCACUGACUAUAUUGGAGUUAGGUACAUGGGAUCCAGUUUAUCUUCCUGAUGCAAUAAAUUUUCCAAAUCUCAAGAUUUGUCGGCUUAGGAGUGCCACACUGUAUAUGCAUUCUGAAGAUCUGACUCAGCAAUUCUUUUCUAACCUCCCCGUUCUCGAAGAAUUGGAGUUGAGAGACUGUGACUGGAACAUAUCUGAAUUAUUAAUUUCAGCUCCUGCUUUGAAAUAUCUGUUCAUUACUGGUCCUAGUGAAGCUGCGUUUUCUCGUGGUCCCAUUCCAAAAUUUAAGAUUAACAUUUUCGCACCAAAUCUACUGUCCCUCAGGUACACCGACUUUGCAGCCGAGGAUUAUAUUUUGCAUCGCUUUGAAACACUCGUUAAUGCGGUAAUUGACUGUAAGCGUUUAUAUAGAUCUCUGCCACAAGAGAAAGAUCCAAUUUCAACUAAGUUUAUUAAAAAGCUUUCUAAUGUAAAACGUUCGAAGAUAUCUGGUGGGACUUUUGAGGAACUUUUAUUUCCAGACGAUCUCUUUAUAAAUUGGCCCAUGUUCCAUAACUUGGUUUAUUUGGAAGUGGCUUCAAAGAUCUCAUUUUCUGAGGAUAAAACAUUGUUGAACUUCCUCAGAAUCUCACCUAACCUAGCAACAAUUAUUAUUGCUCAAGGCUUUGUGGAACACCUAUCGAGCACUGAUGGUGGUUGGACGCUAGAUAUGGUGCCUCAGUGUAUGUUGUUGCACCUCAAGGCAGUCAAUUUUUUUGAAUUUUAUGGGUGCUUGGAAGACCUCAAUGUUGUACAGAUAUUUUUGAAGUAUGCAAGAGUUCUAGAGAGGAUGAUUAUCAAGUUUGAUUCAAAUUUACCGACAGAUGAGCAGAACGAAGUAAUGAAGAAGUUGCUUAAAUUUCCAAGAGGCUCCACUAGUUGCAUCAUUGAGGUCUUAUAACAUGCCAGCUUUAAUAUGAUUAAACUCCCGCUGGUUUUGUGCCACUAUAUGCUUUAGCAACCUAGCAAGUUUUUGUUAUGUACCAAUCACAUUGAAGUUUUUGAUAUUUUGGUUUUACAACUUUAAGUUGUGUAAGUACUUGGUUGGCAGUUUAUAUAUCCGCUUUUUUGUGCCGUCUUUUACCAUAGACAGGCGCCACCGGUCAGACUUACUAAAAUUGUAUCUGUUGUCAGUACUGCA